AUGCGCUGGCCUAUUCUUUUCCCGAUGCAGCAUAGGGGAGCGAGCGCGAAGCUGCGGGAUAGCAUAAAGCCCCAGCUUCUCCCAGCUGCAUCGCUCCCUCUCUAUCCCAAUACUCUAUUCGGGCCUAUAGGGUGCCGUACUGGGCCGUUUGAUAUUAGCAACCCGAGCAAUCCCCCGCCGGCACCUAAUAUCGCCGUGGGCUCUACUCGCCCGUUGCAGAUACAUCAGUUUGUGCCUCCGUCUCGUUGCCAUGCGGAGGACACGAUGAUGCAUAGCAAUGGAACACGGCAGUCUGUUCACGCUGGCCAUGGGCCGCGGUCGGCCACUGCUGAUGGGCAAUUGUCGCUCAUUCCGGACGACGACGACGACGGGUUUGGGGCAGCGAGCAGAUUCCGAAGGCGAUACAAACGCUCACGCGCAUUCCGGAGCCUUCAGAACAAAAACGGCGUCUGCAAUUUCUGGUCGCUAACGCCUUCGUCUGCUUGCGCCCAAAACUCGCGAAAAGAUGCUCAUUUCAACGCGGACAAGUACGAUGCUAUGCACGGCGGUCACGUUGAAGCACUACUGGAAGUGGAGUUCACGCAGGAGUCGGCAACUGCGGCUGAGAGUUUGCAGCAGUUGUGGAGGGCAGUGGAAUGGUACCCUAGAAUGUGGUGCCGCGUCCAUGCCGCGAUAAGGGACCCAGGGUCAAUGAUCAUGCUCGUGAAGCUUCCCGCGCUCACCGACAUGUGCCUUUUCCCCGCUCUCGCUGCAGUGCGUGGCACAGGACGAGCCUUUCGUGAGGACAUCUGGACAUAUGCGGAGCGGCUCCGCGAGGCGAUCUCUCGAGCCUCGGAGGUGUCUAGCAAGAUCUCUCCAGGGUCACUGAUCUCCAGAACGGCGGCGCGGGCGGCCCUGAAGGCGAAACGACAGGAGGCAAGCCAUCCGUUUGACAUGUGUCGUUGGCCGGGAGCUGCUGAUGCUGAAGUCGAUGAAGGACCAUGGCUAUCACCAUCGCACCAAUUACUUCCCCAAUCCCCGCUUUUUCCUGCAGAUGGGCCCCGAAUGACGCGAGUGUUUGGCUUGUGUGGCAGCAACGCAUCCCGUUCCGUCUCCUUUUUGAACAAUUCUAGCCAAUCAAGUCGUUCUUUCUCUGUUCACGGUCGCUCCUUCCUCUGGCACUGUGUAUACAGAGGUACCAUUGUCACCAUUGUCACCAUUGUCACCCUUCGGUCCAGACUGCUUCGGGUUCUCCCUCCUUGCAUGCGUCGGCCACAACCGUUGCUUUUGCACGCUGGAUUUUCUCCUGAGGUUCCACCCAGCACGCCGUCUGGAAAACCCUCCGGGCAACUGGGAACUGCUGAUCUGUCUUCCCUGUCUUCGGUCACUGGAAAAGAGAGUUCAAACACCCCUGUCCAUUCUGGAAUCUCGUCACGCCUUGACGCCUCAGAGCACACCUCGCUCGUUGCAGAUUUCCCUGCGCCUGUUCCAGAUCGCUGCGAACCUCAUCGACACGAAGCCGCUCGCUACACCUCAAUCCGAUCAUCGGUGUUGCACGUCCCAAGCCCGGCUACCUUCAUGCCGAUGUGUGCUCCUAGUGCAUCUAUCCUCGACUUGUCAUGCUUCUAUAUCUUGACUGGCCGAAAGCAGACCGCUAGUUUCUUGAUGAGUUGUCAGAGAUUGGCCCGUCAACUUCGGGAAACCGUCAUCAACUCCGCAAAACUGACGCGUCCACAACACCACCAGCUUCACGAAAAGACCACGACCAGCGCACCAGCUUACCAAAUCAAUAUAAUUCCGCCAUCUUCGACACCCCACAAUAUACAACCAACCCCCAACAUUUCUGAGUCCCACAUUGCUAGACAGAAGCGGCAGCGUGUCGGAGCUUUAGGGUACGAAUAUUCCCUUGCUUAUUGUUCAACUCUUGUCUAUGCCAUUGACAAGUAUGACGAAAUUCGGUGUUUUUAUUCACCCAUUUUCUCCCAACUUCUGUUUCGAAACACUUGUGAAAGUCGUGUCCUAGAAGGAUUGGCUCCAGAGCCAAACAGAAAGUGGCCUCUUCCCAAACGGCCCAAUUAUCGUCUGGGGCCGGCAAGACCAGUGUUUCAAGACCCUCUGGGCUUUCCCGUCACACGUCAUACAGAUCUCAAAGCCCACUUCGACUCUUGGAACUUUUCCCUUACCGGCCCCCCAGCACUUAUUCCGAUUGGUAAAAUAAUCGACAAGCCUUUCCUCGUCAUUUCAAGCACCGCAGCCUUGGGUCGCUGGCGUGACUUGCCUACCUCUCAACACCAACCACCGAUCUUACUACUGUUACCAUCUUCUCCACGACUCCGCUCCAUUGAUGGACAAUUUCCCUCAUUCUGGCGGGUUGUCUUUAACACUUUCCAGUUGGGUACAAUGCCGCCCGGAGAAUUCAACGCCAUUGUGAUUGCUGGAACCCCCACUGUGGAGAUAGACUAUGAGGGCAACGGAGGGCACCGGAGGGCACCGUUAGGGACACGCAGGACCUCGCUUAACAUGAUGAGAGCAGGACAUAAAAUCAGGUCAAGAUGGAUCUUCAUGUCGCAUCCCAAUUGCGCCAUCUGCCACGCUGCCCAACAUCCCUUUGGGCACAUCGUGGUCUCACUUGAGUGGGUUUUGGUACUUCAGACUUCCUCGCUUACACUGGAUAUCUUAACACUACCAAAAAGGAAUCCAAACCCUCGAGACCUCCAAGAGCUGGUUUUUUUUGGACCCACCUCGACUUCUACUCUCACAGUCUGGGUGCGACACGACGGCGCAUCCGGAUGCAUCUCAACUGUCAGCUCAGAUUCUCGGUCCACAAAUCACUUUGUUUCAAUUCGCGGGGAAUUGUCAUUUGCCACUGGCCAAAAGAGACGGAAAUCAUUCUUUCAUACCCCUGUCUUCAGCUCCCAACAGCCUUCGAGAUAUGCAAAGACAGGGCUCAUGGCUACCACUAUGCAUCAUUCGAGCAAAUCCGGCUCCAAUAGCGAGAAACAUGGCGUUACAUCAAAAAUACUAUCAAUUGGCCAUACAACUACUCAUGCUGCUGCAAGUGUUGAACCAUCUUGCGAUUUACAUUUUGUUAUUCGCAGUUGUCAAUGUCUUAGUUCGGAACCCUUUAUUGUAGGGACUAAAGUCUCUUCAUUGUGGAUGAAUUCAUCACUUGGGAGCCUAAUCUCAUAA